UCACCCGAGUCUGCUCCGACACCACGACAUGGACCUGAACCUGAGGACCAGACCUGAACACGUCCUGCUGGGAUGCUUGGUGUCCGUCUGUCUGUGUGCGUUUGGCUCGGCUGAGAGACUGUGCACGGUUCCUCCCGGCCCGGUGCCGGUCCCUGAGAACAACACGGCAGACGUGGAGGUGGUGAAGAUCAGCUCGAGCAGUGACGUGACUCUGACGGUGUCGGUGAACCCUGAAGAUCUGUUCUACCUGAGAGGAAACGCUCUGAUGGUGAAGAAAGGACUGGACUACGAGGCGGUGUCCAGUGCAGCUCUGGUCGUGUGGGUUCAGUGCAGCAGAACAGGAUCCAGCUCUGUGAACGAGUCUGUGGAAGUCCUGGUUGAAAACGUGAAUGAUAAUCCUCCGAACUUUGCACAGAAUCACUUCGUCCUGGAGGUGAACGAGCUGACUGCGGUGAACUCCAGCGUCGGACGGAUCCAAGCCUCAGACGUUGAUUCAGAUCCGCUCUUUUAUCGCUUAGAGUCUGCUACAGAUAAAUAUUUCCGCCUUGAAAACAUCAACUCUCCAAAGAUUCUGGUUAAAAGCAUCCUGGAUUACGAUGUCGUGCAGAAGAUCUCUCUGGUUUUACAUGUUCAAGACACGUUUAACGGUUCAGCCUCGGACCAGCCCUUUUUCACGUCGGUGGCCUCCAUCACCGUGCUUGUGAAGGACGUGGAUAACCGGCCGCCAUGGUUUCAGCCAUGUUUGAGGACAACCUUGGGAAUCGCCAAACUGUGUGUGAGCACGGGCUACAAGGGGCGAGUCAACCUCACCGAGAAGGAGGAGGGGCCGCUGGUUCUGGAGCCCGGGCCGGUGUUUGCCAGAGACGGAGACAAGAACCGGAGCGAGCAGAUCAGCUACAGAAUCCUCAGAGGAAAUGAAGGAAAUAUCUUCCAGAUUGACGAGGAGACGGGAAACAUCACAAUGACGAAGGCUGCUGAUAUCGUUGGACCGAUCACUCUCACUGUUCUGGCGUCUCAGGUGACAAACAGGGAUCAGUUUGCGGUGACGCAGGUGACCAUCGAGGUGAUGAAGAAGAGCAGGAACCCUCCUCGCUUCGAGAAGGAGCGAUACGAAGGGUUUAUCUACAGCAACUCGGUCCCUGAGAGCAUGAUCCUCCGAGACCGGAGCACCAACAGACCCUUCAGAGUCCGAGCGCGGGAUGAGGACUUCGCUGCGGGUUUGAAUCCCGACAUGAAGUACGAGGUUCAGUACAGCAGCUACGUCAACGUCACCUACGACGGUUUUGUGAUCCUGAAGAGAGUCGUGAAGACCGAGUCCUUCGCUCUCCAGCUCCGAGCCGUGGACACGACAACGGGAGAGUUUGGGACAGCUGCUCUCUCUGUUCAGGUGAUACCAGCCGUAGCCACCCCGUCUGACUCUACCAUCGGGUACCGUCCGGGGGACAUGGUGCUGCUGGGGCUGGUCAUGGCGGCUCUGUUGGUGCUUUGUCUCAUCGUCAUUGGCUUCCUGAUUUCCCGCUUAUGGAAAGGAAACGCCGGCAUGGACAAAAUAUGUGAGUGUUUUGGCCCCUGUCUGAAGGGCGAGCAUGCCCGCUCUGGUCACAGGGACUCUCUUCAGUUCACCAACGAUGGCUUCACCUCUGAGGGAGACCAGAGCCGCGGCGGGGCCCGGCACUGUAACAACGUAGUUCCUCGGCGGAGCACCUUCCCUCAGCCACGAGGCCGGGUUAUCCCCCUUGAGAGACGGAGCCGACACUGCUCCUCCUGCGGUGUCUACGACAACCACGUCGGUGCCGGGAGCCCGUCAGCGAGGGCAUCAAGGAGGGGGAGGGGUGACGGGGACGACUAUGCAGCGAGGGCCAGCCUUAUUAAGCAGAGGAGGAAGGAGGGGCAGAAGACUGUCUGGUUCAAGGAGAGCGAGGGCUCCUCUGACAUCGAGGUGGAGAUCAUCCCCGAUUCUGUGGGCCGGGUGGAGGAGGAGACGCAGGAGGAGCUGGAGGGGGAGAUGGAGAUGGAGGGGGUGGUCAGAGACCCGGCGGCCCCCCUAAGAGAGUUGGAGGGGGAGCAGGAGGGGCAGGAACCUGGAGACAUGAGCUCAGAGACAGAGAGGAGGAGCGCGGAGCAGGAGGGCUGACAGGAACAGGAGGAGUCAAACAUCAAACUGACACAGAGCUUAUUUUCUGUCUCUAAUGGAGGUGACGCCUGCAGGAGGGGGUCUCACAGGAUGUCUCAGAGAGUCCCAUCAUCUGUGGGGCAACUUCAAACACCUCCAGGACAGACUCAAGGACGGAUUCAAGGACCCAAAAAUGAUACUGUGAGAGUGUGAGAACACAGUCUGAGCCCAUGACUUGUCCUCCUGUGUUUACACCAUGAGAUCAGAGUUUUCUGUCACUCCUGCACCUUUUUUAAAAGUUUAGGUCCAUUUCAAACAACGUGAAACAUAUUUUUAUAGUCUUUGUUCCUAGUUUUGGUUAACUUUUGAAUUCACUAAACAACAUUUCUCUAACUGAGCGGUCUAAAGACACAAAGCUGCAUAGAGACAGAGCUUUCUGUAUUUAAUAUAAAUCCACACUCUAUAGAUCCUCUUUGGGGUCAACUUAGUUUAAAGUUUAGAGAUCACCACGGUCACAAGAACACGGUCGGAAACAAGAAGGAUGAACUUUGUCGAUAUUCCAGUCGUGCACACCUGCUGGAGACGUGCACACGACUUUUCAAUACUCAUAACUCGUUUAACGCCUAGCAUCCACGAUAUCUACAUUUUAAAGAGGUCAUAUUAUACCCUUUUUGGGGUUCGCAUAUUUAAUCUAUGUACCUACUGAAGU